CAAAGCGGCCAAUGAGGCGUCUAGGUAUUUCUAUGCUUGUGCUCCCCAAAGUCUGAGAUGGAGGGAAGAGUCUCAAAUGUAGAAAUCUGUAAUUUAGCUUAUACUGGAAAGUUUGAAGAACUUAAAAAAUGCGUGUUUUCUGACAGCUCACUAGCGACCAAAACAGACCAGGACAGCAGGACUGCUCUGCAUUGGGCUUGUUCAGCUGGACAUGUGGCUGUCGUGAAGUUUCUGCUGGAUCUUGGAGUAGAUGUGGAUCUCAAAGAUGAUGCAUGUUGGACUCCACUUCAUAUAGCAGCAUCUGCUGGGAGAGAAGAAAUUGUCAGAUCUUUAAUAUCCAAAGGAGCUCAGCUGAACGCUGUGAACCAGAAUGGUUGCACCCCACUGCACUACGCAGCAUCCAAAAACCUAUAUGAGAUAGCCCAGAUUUUGCUGGAAAAUGGAGCAGAUCCUAAUGCAACCGAUAAACUGAAAUCCACACCUCUACACAGAGCAUCUGCCAAGGGCAACUACAGACUCAUUCAGCUUCUUUUAAAAGAGAGUGCUUCUACCAACAUUCAGGACUCCGAAGGAAACACACCACUUCAUCUUGCAUGUGACGAGGAGCGAACAGAGGCUGCAAAACUCCUUGUGGAACAUGGUGCCAGCAUCUACAUUGAGAACAAGGAAACGAUGACGCCUCUACAAGUGGCUAAAGGUGGCUUGGGAUCGGUGUUGAAACGGAUCGUAGAGGGUUGAAACAAGUGUUUAAUUGAGCUGCUCUUCAAGUAUGAUGAAUACUUGUUUGUGACUGUAUUUGAAAGAAAGAAGCUUUAAAAAUGAUUGCUGGGGAGAAGAAUUAUGUUGCGGUCAACGUUCACUUUUUGAAAAUUUAAAAUCUCGUGACUUGAUAAGUUGGACAUUUUCAGUGCAUUUUAUUGUAGACUCAUAGAUGACAUUCUGAUUAUUAUUUGUCUACUUCAGCCAUUAAUGCUUUAUUUCUGUCAAACCUAAAGCAGAUUUUGAUAUUUGUUAGCCACUUAAAAUGUAAUUUCUAGUUUUGUAUCCCUGUGUGAAAAUCAUGAUACCAUAUGUACCAUAAUUGAAUAAAAUUUACUGUUGCAGUCAUAAAUUAUAAGUGUUGUCUUAAAAGGUAAAUGUAGACUCAAAUGAAAACAGAAAUGAGCCCAUCAUGUACACUGACAUCCAAAAGUUUGGAAUCACAAAGAUUUUCAAAAGAAGUUACUCAUUUUAAUCUGCAAGGAUGCAUUAAAUGAAUCAAUUGAUAUUGAAAGGUAACAGUAAAUACAUUUAUAAUGUUCACAAAAGAUUUCUAUUUCAAAUAGAUGCUGUUUUUUUUUUUUUAUCAAGGAAUCUGAACUGAGCCUGGUUUCUCCCAAGGGUUUUUCUCCGUUUCUGCCACCAGUGGAGUUUUGGUUCCUUGUCGCAGUCCCCUUUGGCUUUCUUAGUUAGCGCCGCUGGACUGAUUGCACAGGGACUAUUGAAAGAGAGCUGAACUGGAAGGACAUCACUGAAUCAUCGAUUAACUAACUUGAAAUACUUUAUUUUGCUAGCACUUUUUCCCAAGUUCAGUUAAGGGCACAGUGCUCUCAACCAUUUAGAUUAAAUGUGUUAAUAUAACAGACACUUCAUUCAGAAACUCUGAAGAAAUGAGGAACACAGCUGAUUGAUGGUGAUGAUCUAACACUUCCAUUAUCAUGAAUUCCACUUCGGAUUGCCCCUAAGUUUCAACGAAAAUAGCCCAGAUUUUGCUGGAAAAUGGAGCAGAUCCUAAUGCAACAGAUAAACUGAAAUCCACACCUCUACACAGAGCAUCUGCCAAGGGCAACUACAGACUCAUUCAGCUUCUUUUAAAAGAGAGUGCUUCUACCAACAUUCAGGACUCCGAAGGAAACACACCACUUCAUCUUGCAUGUGACGAGGAGCGAACAGAGGCUGCAAAACUCCUUGUGGAACAUGGUGCCAGCAUCUACAUUGAGAACAAGGAAACGAUGACGCCUCUACAAGUGGCUAAAGGUGGCUUGGGAUCGGUGUUGAAACGGAUCGUAGAGGGUUGAAACAAGUGUUUAAUUGAGCUGCUCUUCAAGUAUGAUGAAUACUUGUUUGUGACUGUAUUUGAAAGAAAGAAGCUUUAAAAAUGAUUGCUGAGGAGAAGAAUUAUGUUGCGGUCAACGUUCACUUUUUGACAGUUUAAAAUCUCAUGACUUGAUAAGUUGGACAUUUUCAGUGCAUUUUAUUGUAGACUCAUAGAUGACAUUCUGAUUAUUAUUUGUCUACUUCAGCCAUUAAUGCUUUAUUUCUGUCAAACCUAAAGCAGAUUUUGAUAUUUGUUAGCCACUUAAAAUGUAAUUUCUAGUUUUGUAUCCCUGUGUGAAAAUCAUGAUACCGUAGUACCAUAUGUACCAUAAUUGAAUAAAAUUUACUGUUGCAGUCAUAAA